UUGGCUUCCACGAGCGCGCUGCUCCGCUGCGCUCUCGCUGUAUUCCGGGCCCGGCCCGCAUCCCGUCUGUACGGCGGGGGCCUCCGCGAGAGACGGCUCCGCUGGCUGCCAGCCAUGGACGGGGACAGGGUGGAGAUAGACGGCGGCAUCAUGGAGGGGGGCGGGCAGAUCCUGCGAGUGUCCACGGCGCUGAGCUGCCUGCUGGGCCUGCCGCUGAGGGUGCGCCACAUCCGCGCCGGGAGGAGCCAGCCCGGCCUCAGGCCUCAGCAUCUGUCUGGAUUGGAGAUUGUUCGAGAUUUAUGUGAAGGGAACCUGGAGGGCGGAGAAAUUGGCUCAACAGAAAUAACUUUCACUCCUGGGAAGAUCAAAGGUGGAACCCACAUAGCAGAUACCAAAACAGCAGGGAGCGUGUGUCUGCUGAUGCAGGUAGCAAUGCCCUGUGUGCUGUUUGCUGCUUCCCCAUCAGAACUGCAUUUUAAAGGUGGGACAAACGCUGAGAUGGCUCCUCAGAUAGACUACACAAUCAUGGUUUUCAAGCCAAUAGUUGAAAAGUUUAAUUUCACAUUUAAUUGUGACGUAAAAAAGAGGGGCUACUAUCCUCAGGGAGGUGGUGAAGUUGUAGUCCAGAUGUCACCAGUCAAAGAGUUAAGUCCAAUAGACUUAACAGAACGUGGCACCGUGACAAAGAUAUAUGGAAGAGCAUUUGUUGCUGGAGCAUUGCCUAUAAAACUGGCAAAAGAUAUGUCAGCAGCAGCAGUGAGAUGCAUCAGAAAAGAAAUCAGAGAUCUUUACAUUAACAUUCAGACUGUUCGAGAACCUGAUGAUCAAGCCUUUGGGACUGGAAGUGGAAUAAUCAUUGUUGCAGAGACUUCAACAGGUUGUUUGUUAGCUGGGUCAUCACUUGGCAGGAGAGGAAAAAAUUCUGACAAGGUUGGCAUUGAAGCAGCUGAGAUACUGCUUAAGAAUCUUAAACAUGGUGGAGCUGUGGAUGAUUCUUUACAAGACCAACUGAUCAUUUUUAUGGCAUUAGCAAAGGGAGUGUCUAAAGUGAAAAGUGGACCAGUUACACUUCAUACUCAAACUGCAAUACACUUUGCAGAACAGCUAACAAAGGCCAAAUUUACUGUGACAAAAUCAGAAGAGGAAGAUCCCAGUAAAGAUACCUACAUCAUUGAAUGCCAAGGAAUGGGGCUGAUAAACUCAAACUUAUAGAGUCUAAAAAGAAACAAGAGGAAAGAAGGAAGAUUCGAAAGCAAAAUAAACUCAACAUACCUCAGCA